AUGCGGCGGAAGCAGAAGCGGCUGCUGCAGGCCGUGGGGCUGGCGCUCGCCGCCCUCGUCUUCCUGCCCAACGUGGGGCUCUGGUCCCUCUACCGCGAGCGGCAGCUCGAGGGCGGCGGAGGCGGCGGGGAGGGCGCCGCGGGGCCGCCGGGGGCUGCGGCCGCCGACGCGCCGGCAUCAUAUGUGAGGCAAAAGAAGGACCCUUACUUUGUUGAUGGAGAAAGGAAAAAGGACUGGCACAACAAAGAAGCUAUAAGGAGGGACUCUGAACGUAUAGGAAAUGGAGAACAGGGAAAACCUUAUCCAAUGACUGAUGCAGAGCGAGUGGACCAGGCAUACAGGGAAAAUGGCUUCAAUAUUUUUGUGAGCGAUAAAAUUUCUCUGAAUCGUUCCCUUCCAGACAUCAGACAUCCAAACUGCAAGAAUAAACUGUACCUGGAGACGCUUCCAAACACUAGUGUGAUAAUACCAUUCCACAAUGAAGGAUGGUCCUCUCUCCUCCGGACAGUGCACAGUGUCUUAAACCGCUCCCCUCCUGAGCUGAUAGCAGAGAUAGUGCUGGUGGAUGACUUCAGCGACAGAGAACACCUCAAGAAACGGCUGGAAGAUUAUAUGGCCCAGUUCCCAAAAGUAAGAAUCAUCCGAACCAAAAAGAGAGAAGGGCUGAUAAGAACUCGAAUGCUUGGGGCCUCUGUGGCAGUAGGAGAUGUCAUCACAUUCUUGGAUUCCCAUUGCGAGGCUAACGUGAACUGGCUGCCACCUCUGUUAGAUCGUAUUGCCCGAAACCGCAAGACUAUCGUUUGCCCCAUGAUCGAUGUUAUUGAUCAUGACCACUUUGGAUAUGAGACUCAGGCUGGAGAUGCAAUGCGAGGCGCAUUUGACUGGGAGAUGUAUUACAAGAGGAUCCCUAUCCCUCCUGAGUUACAGAAACCUGAUCCCAGUGAUCCCUUUGAGUCUCCUGUAAUGGCUGGAGGACUGUUUGCAGUCGAUAGAAAGUGGUUCUGGGAGCUGGGAGGGUAUGAUGCAGGUCUGGAGAUAUGGGGAGGAGAACAGUAUGAAAUAUCCUUUAAGGUAUGGAUGUGUGGGGGUCGCAUGGAAGAUAUCCCUUGCUCUAGAGUGGGCCAUAUCUACAGAAAAUAUGUUCCAUACAAAGUUCCAACGGGAGUCAGCUUGGCAAGAAACUUGAAGCGUGUGGCUGAGGUGUGGAUGGACGAAUAUGCAGAGUACAUAUACCAACGUAGACCAGAGUACCGGCAUCUUUCUGCAGGGGAUGUGGCAGCUCAGAAGGAACUUCGCAACAGCCUCAACUGCAAGAGCUUCAAAUGGUUCAUGAAUGAGGUCGCAUGGGACUUGCCAAAGUUCUAUCCACCAGUGGAGCCUCCAGCAGCUGCUUGGGGAGAGAUACGCAAUGUAGGAACUGGACUGUGUGUGGAUACUAAGCAUGGAUCCCUGGGAUCGCCCCUGAGGCUGGAAAGCUGUGUGAAGGACAGAGGAGAGGCAGCAUGGAACAAUGUGCAGAUAUUCACCUUCAGCUGGAGAGAAGACAUCCGUCCUGGGGAUCCUCAGCAUACCAAGAAGUUUUGUUUUGAUGCCAUUUCCCACAGCAGCCCUGUGACCCUCUAUGAUUGUCAUGGAAUGAAGGGGAACCAGCUAUGGAAAUACAGAAAAGACAAGACCCUCUACCAUCCUGUAAGCAGCAGCUGUAUGGACUGCAGUGAGAGUGACCGAAAGAUCUUUAUGAAUAGCUGCAAUCCUUCAUCUCCAACACAGCAGUGGAUGUUUGAACACACAAACUCAACUGUCUUGGAAAAGUUUAACAGAAAUCUUGAUCUUUAAAAGACUGAGAAAUAUAUAUAUUUAUAUAUAUAUAUACACACACAUAUAUAUAUGUGUGUGUGUGUGUGUGUAUGUAUAUGAAAAAAUAAAACAAUUAUAGUUUUUACUGCGGGGGGUUACAAAAAUUUUUUUAAGAAUACUUUUUUUUAAACAGUUAAUGAAGGUAAAAGGGAGAAUCUCAGGAGAAGGUGUUAACUAGCAGGCCAGUCUUUAUUGUGAAGAUGCUGCAUCCUUCUCUUCUGGGGAUGGUAGGAUUCAAAAGGCUUUUCUAGAGCCACUUCUGUGUUGAGACUGCAACAGAAGUUCUGUGUUUAGAGGAGCCUGAAUGUGAUUCAAACUUGUUUUUUGUGUGUGUGUGGUUUUUUUGUUUUUUUUUUUUUUACUUUUUUUUUUUUACUUCCUGUCUGUGUCUGGCAUAAAUGAUUAUUCUCCAUGACCUUUGAAGUACAGUACUUUUUGUAGUUGCUUUACCACCUGCUAAAGCAUUCACACACAGGCGUUUUAUAUUCCAAAGUCCAUAUAAGUAAAAUCUUGAACACAAAAUUCCAAUCCUCCAAUAUCAUGGGUAUCCCCCACUCCCCCCAAAAUGACAUCAGAAUGUAAAAUGAAAUGAAUUUUCUUUGCCCUAAACCAAAAAACAUUUUAAGCAGGUCUAGUGUUGUUAUGUUUCAAAUGAUAAAGGAAUGCCUUCUAAAGGAGGUGAGGCCAAGUGUUGGAGAUUUCACUGUAGUUUUGAGCAAUGAAGAAUCUGUGUUUCUGGUCCAUUCACUUUGCAGUCAGUUUGUUGCUUAUUGUUGAAUUCUCAAGGUGAAAAUUUCACAGAGGGCUUCUAAGUGAAUGCCGUUCUUACAGGUUCACUAAGAGCUUUUGUGUAUCAGAUUCCAAAUUUGCCUCUCAUUCAGCAUCUUUUUAGCAUGGACAUCUCUAGGGUUUCUCAGAGUUAUAUCUAAAUAAAGGCAAACUUCAUUUUUCCUUAAGAGAUGUGAAGGCUAAUUCAGUUUGCAAUUGGUGUGAGCAGAUUAAUUCAGGCUAAGUAAAUCUGGGCUGAGAUUAACCAUUGGUCUUUGUUUGUCAGUCUGAAGUUUAUUCCAGGCAUGAUUCCUGUGGUCAGUGGUGUAUUGCUAGGCUUGAGGGAAUGUGCUGUUAAUCUCUGCUUCCUUCCCAGUGCCUACAGCACUGUAUAGUUUGGUAUGACUGGAAAUCUGUUUACUUAAGGUGAGAUGUGGAAUUGAUGGGCCAGUUCCAUUGGUACCACAAAAUCACAGAUUGGUUGUGGUUGGAAGGGACCUCUGGAAAUCAUGCUCAAGCAGGGUCACCUAGAGCACGUUGUACAAGAUUGCAUCCAGGCAGGUUUUAAAUAUCUCCAGAGAAGGAGACUCCACAGCCUCUCUGGGCAACCUGUUCCAGUGCUGUUACCCUCAUAGAAAAGAAGUUUUUCCUCAUGUUCAUAUGAAACUUCCUGUGUUUCAGUUUGUGCCCAUUUACUCUUGUCCUGUUGCUGGGCACCACUGAAAAGAGUCUGGCCCUGUCCUCUUUACAUCUUCCUUGCGGUUACUUAUACAUAUUAAUAAGAUCCCCUCUCAGUCUUCUCUUCUCCAGGCUGAACAGGCCUAGGUCUCUCAGCCUUUCCUCAUAUGAGAGAUACUCCAGUCCCUGAAUCAUCUCAGUUCCCUGUCCAUUGUGCAGUCAGUCAGCACUGCAAGGCAUUUACCCUUCUGUUUUGACUGCAGGAUAUGUCAGAUACUGAACCAGAAUUGUCUCAUCCUCAGAGCUGCAAAAAAGUACUGAUACUGAGAGAUGAAAAGGAGACCAUUGGCUUCAACUCUAUUUUUGAGUCUAUCUGAAGUGAGUGCAUAUUAGAAAAAAACAAAACAAAACAAAAAAGCACACUGAUUUAAAAUGAAAUUGUUACAAAAACAGAUUCAAUAGUUCAUCAGACUUAAGUCUUGUACUGAAAAUAGAAGUCACAUUUUCUAGUAAAACUGUGAAUCAGCAUGCAGUUAGCCUUUUGUGAAGAUGCUGCAUAAAGCAGUAAAACUAGCCCUUUUCCAGCAAUUGCCUGGCUGGACUUUGUCCAACUGCCCAUGCAGGAUAGCUACAGGAGGAGGCAGCAUGCAGUGGAAAUAAAAGCUUGAAACAUUCUCAGGAAGAACAAGGUAGCUCUCUCCAGAGGGCUCUGAUACAACAUGGUUAAUGGACUUCCCUUCUUUGGAGGGGCAUGAAAGCUCUGCCCUGGGGUAUCUUUCUCUUCUGUGAAAUCAAGGAGGUUUUCGCCUAGAGUCAAGAAAUAAGCAGGCUUCCCCUCUCCCCCCGCCAUACAGAGCUCUAGAAAUAAACCCUUUCUUAUGUUGCUGAUUGUAGGAUUGUUGUCCAUGUUCCAGACCUAUGUUUGGAACUUGAGAGCAGAAUAGGAUAGCUGCCUUUUGAGCUGCCAAGUCUGACGCAUUGACUGCAAGUUAGGUUUAAAAUCACUUCCGCCUCUUGCUUCCUUGAGCUGAGCCUAUCUCUGAUCUGUCCUGCCAACUCACCUGGAAUAUGCAAUUACAGAGCAAGGGAAACAUGAGCAGCUGGGACUGAAGUUUGCAAAAUAUAUUGGGGUCUCACAUCUUGGGAGUGAAGAAAGGAAAAAGUCUCUUGACUAGGGACUUUGUGACAGUUUUGCAGCAGCAUUUCUGUGAAAGUGGGACCAGUGUCAAAUAGAGUUGACAUCUUAAGUUCUCCAUAACUGCAAUAUGUCUGUCAUGAGGAGCCCUUUUCAUUCCUAUGAGAGAGAAUAUCAGUUUUUCUUGCUUUGUGUCUGGCUGUUGCUUUCCUUAAGUUAUUAAUGCUCUCAUUAGUCUAGUAGUGCUGAGUCUGGAUUGCUAAGUGGCCUGACUAGAUGUCUUUAUGUAUGUUUUAAGACCUGUGGAAUAAGAAGCUGUUUACCCAUUGACAGUGCUAGUUUAUUAUAAUUGAGACACAGUCAGUGAAUUAUAUAUAUGAACUGCCGGUCAUUCUCCUUACAGCUUGCAGGGUGUCUUAGUUUUCCAAUGAGAGAAUUAGCUUCUAAAAUGCAUAGUUAGCAUUGUACUUGAGCUCAUCUUUGGAACAGGGCUUUGGAGUCCUAGCUGCUUGGCUUACUGGAUGCUUGCUUCAGAGAGAACUACAAUAACGAGCAGGUCUUCUACCUCUUAGUAAUAUUAAUUUGGUGGGAAAGGACAACUCUUAGCAGAAUGCACCAGAAGAUUAGGUAAUACUGAGGCAGUUCCUGUUCGACAGCUGAUUGCCAGUACAGGGAAACUGGAGCUUUGGUGGCAGUGGUCCCACCGUGUUCUUCUCAGUAUGGUUGAUCACAUCAAUUUUUUCAAACUUUGGGAUUUGAGUGUGGUAAAUGCCCCUCAAAUUCUGUGCUGUUCUCACUGGCUCACUGGGCUUUGAGCCAUAUUUGUUUACAUCAAUUUUACUUUUCACUAUCUUAGAGGCUUUGCUGACUAACGAGAAGACUUAAUAUAGGCAACCAUCCACUGAUUGAGAAACAGAAGCUGCAUUUCAUGAUCUGCCUCUUUAAUUGAGCCUUUGCUGAGCAAUCUGGUUAAUUAUUCCGAUUACUUUUGGUUAUUUGUAAGCAAAAUUGCUAAAGCAUGAAUAUAUAAGGAAAUCUUCACAUCUACAUGCAUGCCAAGAGUGGAGACUAAAUACCAGUGAUUAUAUAAUGCAAAAUAAAUGCUUCUCAUUUUUUCCCCGAAAGUAUUCAAACAACUCCUAUAUCCAUGGCUGCAUAAAUUCUGCUACUUCUAAAUAUCAGAAUCCCAAACAACAGGGGAAUCCCUGGAUAUGUGUUAUGUCACAUAAUGAUACUUUGAUUUGCUCUUGAAGCUCUUGUUGAUUUAUAUGGGUGCUAAUCUCUAAGGCCAAGAAACAAAGUAAUAGAUUUUGUGCUCUUAUAUGUGCAAGGUGUCUUUUUUCAUGCCUGGGAAUUAACUUUUUUUUUCCACACCAUAGCAGAAGAACAUGUGAGCCUUACUGGAAGGGGAAUACAGCAUCAUUAAAAUAAAGAUGUGCCUUUUUACAUGUAAAUGUACAGCAAAUGCCUAAACUUGAACCAUUUCCUAGUGCCUUGCUGGACAAGAGAAAAGAGGGGAGGAGGGGGCUAGGGGGAUAAGGGUGUAUGAGAGAGCUUGACUUUCACAGUGUUUGUGUGUGUGUGUGUGUGUGUGUGUGUGUGGUUUUUUAGAUAUUCAACUGUCAGUACAAAAUUUUGGUGAAAUUUGGAAGCUCCUGGGUUUCUCUAUUAAACCAAUAUCGAUAAUGACUGGGGUUUUUUGUCACUCCAAAUAGGAAGACUUGGAAGUUAUAGUAGCUUAUCUUGGCUUGGUACAGUAUAAUCACUAAAGCUAGACCACGGGAUAACUUGGUUGGCUUUUAGUUGUUUCACCUCAUAGUGAAGGCUCAUGCAUUUCAGCUACAUCCAAGAUUCUGUAUUUUGUGUUCUAAAUAUCCAAAUCAGAAAUAGUCCCAAAGGCAUAUCAAAUCUGUACUAGAAGAGUCUUUCAGAAAGUCAAUGCCUUGAAUAACUGGUAAACACUUAAAAUGUGUAGUUCGGUCUCUAAUACAGAAGUAGCAAGAAAGCAAUUUCUGUGCAUAAGGCUGGUUCCUUUACUGGAUAAUUCCAGUCAGCAAACUUUCCUGCUCCAUUAGCAGGAAGCUGCUGUGUUGAGACAACAAUGUAUUGAAAGUCAAAUAGGCACCACCAGUAUGUAGUAUUGCAAGAAUAUAGUGCUGUUGUAACUACUCUAGAAGCAUCAUAGUAGCUACACUGGCUUACAUCACUUAAGUCUUUCUCCUACCUGCUAAAAUUCAUAUGGGACAUAACUGCUGCACAAAAAGAAAGUUUCAUUUCAAAUCAUCUUUCAGGAUAUAGACAGACAUUUGAGUGGUUUUGACUGGAGAGAUUAGACAGCCUCAUGCAGUCAGCCUGUAAUGUUUUCAACUGAAGAGACUCUGAGUAAAGUUAAUAUAGGCUGGCUUUGCUAGCAUGUGGGAUUCAAGUUGCAUCUGCAUCUACUCCAGGUGCUCCAUUUCAUGUCAGUACUCUCCAGUAACCAUCUGCAACAAAGGAUCCUAAUGGUGCUAAACCAGUAAUUAUCUGACAAGCAGCAAUCCAGGUGUGGUUCCCAUUCUAACAGCAUUAUUUAGCAUGAGAAGCAGUUUAAAUAGGUAGCAAACUGUUGUUAAAAUGGUGAAUAGCUUUAGGAUAAUCUUGGGGGAAGAGGGGGAGUUGUUAAAAGGCCUUUCAUAGGCUAUAGUAAAAGGGGAGCCAGAAUCAGAGACUGGAGUACUGGGAUCUGCUCCCAGUUCCUCAGUGACCUAUCGCUUGAUCCUAAGCAAGGCUAGUUUGCUGCAUUUUCCAAGCCUAUGUAAUAUUCACCUUAAGUGUUUUAUUUGUUGACCUAGUGAGCAUUGUGUCCAUAUCUUAAGACAAGCUGCAGUUCAUCACCUGGUUGGAAUGGAGGAGAAAGAUUCAAUGGGUAGAGAAUGGGAAAUGUGAGAUCUGAAAUUUCUACCAGCAUUCACCACUGACAAGUCAAUUCAAUUCAUUCCAUAUUCCUCAUUAACCAGUCAGUUUGCCUCAUCCACAUUAUAAAUUUAAAGUAUAACUGAAAUAAACUGACCUCCUGCUCUGAUUGUUCAUUCUUAUUGUCAUGCUUUAACUUGGAGAUCUGUGUAUAAAACUAGACAAUGACAGAUUAUGGAAAUCCUAAUAAAAAUCAUUUGCCUGUUUUUUGAUUCUGCCUCUGCUAGCUGAGUAUGCUCUUUUAUUCACUUUAUUCUGAGCUUUCUUGAUGCUUCUGUAUUACCCAGAACGCUUCAAUGGUUCCAGCAGAUGUGAAGGAUUUGGAGGUUUUAUUUAAAGCCCCCAGAUCUUUGUGGUCUCUAAGCUAGAAGUUCAACUCUAGGAAAAAAAGUUUUAAUCCCAAUUAGCAAGCAAGCAAAUGUGAACUUGGACAAGGAAACAAGAUAAAAACUGAUCAGGCUAAUAGACUAAGACAUUAGCCCUUAUGAUAACAGUAAAAAUAGCUUUAGCCUCUAGGGUGAUUAAUGGACUUAGUUUUAAAAUGCAUUUUCCAGGAUCUUGGUGAUAAGGUCUAAGUUUGUCUAUUCCUUGUACUGCAUGCAUUUUAUCUGUGAAAUUGGAUGGUGUCUCUUGAACCAGUGUAUAUUUAUUUCUGUGCAUAUUAGGACUGACAGCCUAAUAUCUGGGUGGUAAAGGACUCUAGCACUUUAAUGUAGUAGCUUUCAUAAAUCGGGAAUCAUUGAUCGAAUGCCUAGUGUUUUUAAGGUUGAAUGGAUUUCCUUUUAUAAUAUAUUUAAAAUAAAUUUUUAAUGUGUUUUCUGAA